CUUGAAAGCAUCAUUAUUGAGGCACGACAAGGCCCUGUGCAUGGAGAGACAGUUAAUGUCAUAAGUGACUGGUUUAAAGAGGCAGUAGGCAAGGUUCAAGAGGAAGAUAGUGUGAAUCUGAAGACCUAUCAGGACAAAACAUUCUGUCUUACCAGCGGCAAAUAUCAAGGCAGUUUUAAGGCGCCCGACAGUUCUAUCCAGGAGAAGGGAUCCUUUUUUCCUUUGAUAGCUCUUGAAAUUGCUUUCUCAUCCACCAGGAAAGAUCUGCUUGAAGAUGCAAAGGCCUGGUUGUAUGGAACCAACAACAUCACUGAGCUAGUUAUUGCAAUUGAUAUUAAGGAGCAAAGUGGUAAAAACAACAGCAAAGAAGAAGACUCGUGUUGGGGCUUAUCAGACCCAGAGAUUCUUCAGCGUUUUAAGACUGAUUAUGCCCUUGCUGCCCAUAUCAUCAGAUGGGAUCAGGAUCAUGGAAACUGUUCACUUGUGGGAACAUUUACAGCUGAGAUGUGGUUCUGCACCAGAGAAACAUGCCAUCCAGACUCAACAGAACUUCCUCCCUCUUUAUGGACUUAUAUAUUCUCCCUCAGCAAACCUCUUCAAGAAGGCAAGUUUUUCAAAACCUUCCAUAGCACUGGGUCCCUUAGCAAAACUUUUCGUCAGAAAAUUUGCGAACUUGAAGACAAGCUACCUCUAGAAGCAUUGGAGCGUCAAUUGAGGGAUUCUCUUGAAGAUUAUCGACAAGACAGAGCCUUAAUUCAGGCGCGCAAGAAACGGAAGGCUCUGGAGGAGGUGGAGGAGAGAAGAAAGCAAAGAGAAGACAAAAAGAGGAAACAACAGGACCAUCAAGAACUUCCUCAAACAGCGCGGGCUCAACAAGCGGGAAAACGGCAGAAGAGAUAUGAAGAAUGA